UUGUGUGGUGUGCAUCUCACAAAACGCUUUUCUGCGUGGAGGAAGCUACUUUAGUGGAUUUGAAGUAGUAAACCUGAGGGUAUUUCAUUUACUCGAAACAGACAAUCCAAGAAAAGACGGAAUGCUGACUUUACUUUUGUGUUUUCUGUGUAUGUUGGUAUUGCCCAGCCGAGGUAUGCCUGCUUGUGAACAAAAUGUGGAGGUGUGCGAAUUUACGUUAGAGGCUGAGCUGAAGCUGACAAUGAUGUAUGGGAAGAUAUUAACCUAUGCUGAGGAUGGAAAUCUCUACGACUACCGAGUUACCAACACAUCCUCGGCGGAGCCUAUUCCCUCGGCCGAAGUAAUAACAGGGGAUGGUUAUGAAAUGCCAAGGAUGGUUUUUGUCUUCAACGGUCAGUUUCCUGGCCCACCCAUCGAGGUGUGGGAAAACCAAAUGGUCAAAGUGAAAGUAGUGAACAAACUGAAGAAUGAUGGUAUCACUAUCCAUUGGCAUGGUCUUCACCAGGCAGGCACCCCAUUCAUGGACGGGGUACCAUUCGUCUCCCAAUGCCCAAUACUUCCAGAGCAAACAUUUAUCUAUUUGUUCAAGGCUUACCCAAAGGGAACCUUUUGGUAUCACUCCCAUAUGGGAAGUCAAAGAACGAUGGGGUUGUAUGGGCCAAUAAUCAUUCAUGAGAGGAAGCCAAUUUAUCCCGGAUUGCAGGAAUUUACUUGGACGAUCACUGACUGGAAUCAUGACUAUGAUUCUGAAAUGGCCUACUACAAAAUGGUCUACGGUAUAUACGAAGGUCGUAGUAAGAUAAAAGGUACAGGGUCCUUGGACGGUAGCUUCUUCAGCAUGUUCAGAUAUCACUCCGGCCUGCUGAAUGGAAAAGGACGUUAUCACAACCCGGUCACUGGGAAACACAAUGGGGCCCCUUUGUCCGUUUUCAAUGUGACUGGAGGAUCCAGUUACAGGGUGAGGGUCAUAGCGGCAGGUGAACUCUAUCCUUUUCGGGUCUCAGUGGAUCAGCACCUCAUCACCAUCAUCGCCUCGGAUGGCUACUAUCUGGAACCUGUCACUGUGGAAUCUUUCAUCAUCAACCCUGGAGAGAGGUUUGACUUUAUCAUCAACGCCACACAAACUGUGGACAAUUACUGGAUUCGGGGAGAAACACUGGAGGUUGGAAUGAAUCACACCCUCGAAGCUAUUCUUCAUUACGACGGCGCACCAGUCAACAUGGACCCAACCUCUCAACCAGCUAACUGCACAAUGGACAGUAUGUGUGUGGUUGUCAACUGCCCUUUUACAUAUUACCCAAUGGAGGACUACACCAAGUGCAUAACCUUCGAUAGUUUACGAUCGCUGGAAGUACAGAAAACGCCUCUGAAGAGCGAUGGGAUGUUUCAGGAGCAGUUUCUUAAUUUUGCUUUUCCGGGCAACAAAUGGACACCAGGGUCGAUAAAUGGAAUAGCCUACCAACAGCCGGUUGUGUCCGCUCUAACCCAACCCCAUGAAAUAGACACACAGUGCACGCAAGACGACUGUGGGGAGGAUAAGGUCUGCCAGUGCACGUGGGCACUCCCACUACACCAUGCUCAGACUUACCAGUUUGUCUUUCUGAAUAUGGGGAGUGGAAAAGGCUGGUCUCAUCCGAUACACAUGCACGGACAUUCCUUCUACGUCUUAAAGAUGGGGUACGCCCGCUACAACGAAACAACGGCAAAGCUCAUUGGUGAUAACUUGGAUAUAGACUGCCGAGGAAAUCCCGACAGAACUAAAAGUUUCUGCAACAACGCCACUUGGACUAAUUCCUCGUGGCUCCAUGGCAAUGUACCCGAUGUUGAACUAGAGAAACCUCCUCGCAAGGACACGCUGAUUGUUCCGACAGGUGGGUACGCUGUCAUUCGGAUCAAGGCCGACAACCCCGGUAUUUGGACGCUUCACUGCCACAUUCAGAUACACAACAUGGAUGGGAUGGUUAUGCUUCUCAAUGAGUCCUACUCGGAAACCCCGAAAAUACCCAAUAAUUUUCCCUCCUGCAGGAAUUAUCAUGGACAUCACACCGCUGAUGAAGAGGCGACGUCGACAGCCCCAGUAACUACAAAAGUAACACCCAUGUUGUCGACUACCACUGUAAAGUCGACUGAUAAUCAAAUGCUUUGCCGGGAAAUGAUGGGAGUGUACACCAAGGAGCUGUUCUGGGGAGUUGUAGGGUGUCUGAUCGGCAUUGUUGCACUGCUAUUUUUCAUCCUGUUGGUUUACAUGGGUCUUCAUAGGCCUCGCUAUGGAAGAGGUUACACUCUUGAACCUGUGCCUGGGAGAUUAGGUUUUGAUAACAAGGGAUCCGAUUUUUGAAAAGAUUUCACAAAGUUGAAUCUGGAGGAAACAUUAUACGAGGCCAACUGUAGAGAUACGUAAUGUGAGAAAGUCUAACAUUUUGAGAACUGCAUACAAGAAUCAUAAACAUAUCUUUAUAAAUCAUAGACUUAUGAACAGAACUCCAUUUUUAUAUUUGUGUUAUGAGAAUAUACUAAUCAUUAAACUUCUGUAAAUCGGCCUUGAUUCGUCUUACAUGUCUUUCUAAUAAAUGUUACCUGCUUAUGAUUAGUCAGUUUUAGAGGUCAUUUUCAAGUUUUGUAUACCUAUAACUCUGAUAUGGUUAUUUUUUUAACACUGAUUACAUUAUUACUCUAUGUUAACUACCAAGCCUUUUGUUUUUUGCACUGGCCAUUAAUUAUGACACCGAUAUUGUAGAUCCGUUAAACGAAACUUUUUUCUGUUUUUUUUUCUGUGAGUUCAAGUCCAGCUCAUGCUGGCUUCCUCUCCGGCCGUAAGUGGGAAGGUCUGUCAGCAACCUGCGGAUGGUCGUGGGUUUCCCCCGGGCUCUGCCCGGUUUCCUCCCACCAUAAUGCUGGCCGCCGUCGUAUAAGUGAAAUAUUCUUGAGUACGGCGUAAAACACCAAUCAAAUAAAGAAAUAAAUAAAAGUUCCAAAAUUAUUUGAGUACAAUAUACCAUCAUAUGUAUUUCAACCACAAGAGGAAGCAAGACGCACGGGCUGGACAGACGGACAUACACGUACAUGCCAUUGUCAUGUGUGUAAUAAGAAAAUGUUGUUGCUAUAAUUUUUUUAUUCAAUGGCGUCUUUGAAUAUGUAUGUAUGUUUGCUUUGAGUUUAAAGUCGAGCUUUUUCAGUCAUAUGACGACGAUAUGUUUGUAUGUGUGUAUGAUUGUAAUUUCACGUUGUACUUACCAAUUUGUCAUGACACUCCACCCAGUCACAUUAUACUGAUAUCGGGCCAACCAGUUAUGUUUCAUUGCUCUAACCUCUCAGUACUUAGCGCCAAGCCAGGCAGCAAUAAGUACCAUCUUUAGCAUGACCUGAUCCAGGUUUGAUCCCAGGUCUCCCGACUUCGAGGCGGGCGCUCUUACCCUUAGGCCAUCGAAGCAGUAUUUUUAAAAGACAUGGGCAAUGUGUAUAUGACAACAACUUCCCUUCCUUAUUAUACACGUAUACUUCAUCACACGGGUAUUUAGAUGUUAUGGAUGUUCAGGAAAUUGCCCUAUUACCAAGGAAUUUGUACCUUUAUUUUCAUUGACAGGCCAUUUUGAUCACUAUCGCUACUAAACGCUGACAGUUGAUAACGUUACAGCCCCACAAAUUUUGUAACUCAUAUUAUAAAAAAGCUACCCCAUCCCAAAUAAUUAUUCAAUAAGCUUUACAUUAUAACUCCCAAUGAAAUAAUUAUUUCAAUAGGCGUUGCAAUGGCAACCUUAACAUCUGUAACGUAUAGUAAAAUAUUUCAGAAAAGUCAAUUUCUUAAUUCUGUUAUAGUGCGUGAAAUCUCUUAUUUAUAUAUCUAUAAUCAGGAUAAAUUCAGUCAUUGUCCUGUGCAUUGACCUUAACUCUCAUAAGGUUUAUGUAUCGACUAACAGCGUUGUGGGAUGAGUAUGUUUGUUGUUGAUACCGAGUGUUGAACGUGUGUUGGGUGGGCACCGGAAUUGUGUAGCGUUAGUGAGGUGGGUUUAAUUUGUGGGAGGCAGACGUCGGUAUGUGGGGAUGGUGGAAAGCGAGUGGACACCGGCUGUUAAGGUAGGGUCGGUGGCUGGAGGGAGACCGUUGGCCAGUGGUGCAUUCUUAUGAGAACAAAGUCUGACCUGAUUCAGUUUCAUCUUGAUCUUUCUUCUUUGAAGUUAUAUAAUAUUAAAGUGUUCAUGUUACUGAAACCUGCAUGACCAAACGUCAAUCACUGGCAGCUCUUGCUAGGAGCGCAACAAAACUUCGAUUAAUUAAUUUAAGUUCAAUUGAAUUAUUUAAACAUUGCAUUCUGUAUUUUUUUUCACCUUUGACCAACAUGCGUCAGGAUUAUUUCAGUUUAUGUCCCGACAAUCUCAGUUUUUAGAAAUACUAAAUAUUCCUUGAUUUAUUGUUAACUCUUACAUGACAAAAUUGUAAAGUUUCAUUGACUUUAUUUUUAAAACCAUUUAAUUACAGUUUACUGACAGGUCGCCAUAACAAACUCACUAUUCGAGCAAUUCAUUCUACAUUCCCCACCUCAACCAAAUUGAAUACCCGUCAAUAUGAAAAUGUGUAGCAAUCAGAAUAAAACGAUUCAUGGUUAUUGUGAAUGAAUUGUAAUCAUGAAAUGUAAUCAAUCAUAUAGUAUCGACCUGUUAUCUUUUUGUCAAAUAGCCUAGGGAUCCAGGCCAACUAAGUGACUAAAGCUUCCUGUCCCAACACAACUAAGUUUUCUCACACUUAGUAGUUCAAGAGCAAGUCGUAAUCGAAUCUAAUUUUUACAGAAGUCAGAAUGCUUACAGCUUACAUACAAUGGAUCUACUUUAAAAUGUUGUGAUGCAAUGGAGUUUAAAGCAAAGCAAACGUGUCAAUACAUCCAGUCAAUACAUCCGGACAAUGCAUGUAGGAAACCAGAGUGAACACAUCUUGUGAUUCAGUUAUCCUCUUGUUAAAAUGCGUGUCAUGUCAUCUUGGAAUGAUUUGAUAUUGUUCAAACAAUUAUUUUGAAA